AUCAUUUCGGAACAAAACAGCGGAGGUAAACAAAGUUAACGUCGGAAUUUAUUGGGAUUUUAAUAAAAUAAAACAAAAGUCGGAAAUAUUGAAGCAGAAACAUUGAUUAGUCUAAAGAUUUUUGGAUAAAAAAUAUUGAGCGUCCAGUGUUGCCAAGUGCUGCAGUUUCGUGCCCAAUGUUGAACCAACUCUGGCCACCAUGACAACAAAUGGACUGCCGAACCUACACUACCACAAUGCAAUCAAGUCAACGCAGAGCUCAGCUGUCUACACGCCAAGCACCAGCAUCGUUACAGCACCGCUGACUGACAAGUAUACCAUCGGAGACAACAUCGGCAGAGGAAAGUUUGCUGUGGUGAAACAAUGUACGAACAAGGGGACAGGAGAGGUGUUGGCUGCCAAGUUCAUCAAGAAGCGGCGGCGCGGGAAGUCGUGUCGGGAGGAGAUUCUUCGGGAAGUUGUCAUGCUUGAGAUGGCACUCGAUCACCCGCGACUUGUGAACCUGAAAGAAGUGUAUGAGACCCCACAGGAGCUGAUUCUCAUCACAGAGUACUGUGCCGGCGGGGAGCUCUUCACAGAGUGUGUUCUGGAGGAGAAGUUUAAUGAAGCCGACGUCCGCCUACUCAUGUCGCAGAUACUAGAAGGACUGGUUUACCUUCAUGAGAAGAACAUUGUGCAUCUCGACCUCAAGCCGCAGAAUAUCCUACUUACCCAUGAGUAUCCCUCGGGCUCCGUGAAGAUCUGUGACCUCGGGUUUGCCUGCCUGGUGAACACAGGAGAAGAUAUUCGGGACAUUAUAGGAACACCAGACUAUGUUGCCCCAGAGGUACUGAACUACGACCCCCUUGGUCUCUACACUGACAUGUGGUCCCUUGGCGUACUGACUUAUGUCAUGCUGACCACAUGUUCGCCUUUCGCAGCCGAGGACAAGAACCAAACAUUCUGCAACAUCACUACGGUCAACCUUGACUUCCCCGACGACCUAUUUGCUGACAUCAGUGAGGCUGCAGUAGAUUUUAUUAAGAAGUUGCUGCUUGCUGAACCCAGUGAACGGAUGACAGCCCCACAAUGCAUGGACCAUGAAUGGCUUUAUGACAUCUUCCAUGCCAAAGACUACCACCUUCCCUUUUCUCAUAGUAAUGCUAACCUCAUAUCCAUGGACAGUGAGCUGGGGACUGAUGCAGACGACAGGGGUGAACUGUCUGAUGAUGAAAGUGGGGGGUUAGAAAUGAAAGCUGUAAAAAGUGAGGGUGAUCUUAGAAAUGACGAAAUGGGUUGUGUAGUGCAAACUGAUAAUGUGGUUGUGAAAUUAGGGGAUGAGAGAAGAAAAAAAGGUGUUGGUAAGAGUGACUCCAGAGGUAAAAUUGAGAAUCAGACAUCAGAAAUGUCGGUAGUAGAGGAUGAGGAUACCACAUAUGAGCCGUCUGAUGUUGUUUUAUGUACUGAUGAUGAAAAUAGUAGACUGAGUGUUAGUGAACCCAAUGAAAUCGGGGAUAAUCCAACAAAGCAACCUAGUAAACAAGAUACAGAAAAUAACACAAAAACAGGGAAUAGAAAAAGUGAUUUAAUCAAUAAAUUAACUGAAAACUGUGAUGCGAAUAUUUCAUGGAGAUACAAUCAUGGAGAUUCGUUACCAAAUGUUGACGCACAUGUAGAUAAGGAAAAAGAACAUGUUAAACAAAUAUCAGAUUCCAAUAAAAAUGCCAGUGAGUUUUCACCAGACGACAUAUCACCAGACACGGAUUCCAGCAUGUGUUUAUCGGACUCGAGGUUACGUGACCUGGAUUCAGGACUUGGCACGGUGAGUGACUCAAAAUCUGUGGAGUCAUUAAAUGCUCAAUUUGACACCUCCGGGAGACCGACUGUUGAAUUUGAUAUUGAUGAACAUGAGGAUGAAUUGAAUUUGAAUGAAGGUGAAAGUAAUAUUUUGAGUAAAAGUCACUUUGGGGAACAACCUGUUGUUAGUGCUUUUAGUGAGAAUCAGUCAGGGAAUAAAUCUGACACAAAUGAGGAGGGUAAAGUUGAAGACUCGAGUCUAAUUGGGGUGCAGGAAAUAAAUGAGAGAGACACAGACCAUCACAUGGAUAUUUCAGAAGAGGGACCAACUUUUAUGAACUUUUCUAACAAUAAUGCCAGUACUGAAUUUACUUUUAAUAAACGUUUACAAUCCCAGCCAUCUGACGACUCGUCCUUGAACCAAUCAACAAACUCUGACAUGUUUGCAAUGUCUUUUGAAGAUUUUCAAAAGCCGUUCGCGCCAACCUCAACACCAAGUAAGACACCAACUAUGCCGGCGUCUCGUGGCUCUAUUGGAAGUAUUGACGACUCUGUUAACUGCAUGCAGAUCGGGGAGAGACUUAAACGGGGCAUGUGCAAUGACAACACACCAACAAGCGGGGAUAGUAGGGACGCUAUUAAUGAAGAAGACUACGAAUUUAUCAGUGUGUCCAAACGAGUUCGGAGUAUAGAGGAUUCCAUGGGUUCGCCUAUAACUCCGCCUUUUAGCCCCAAGAUUCAAAGAAGUCCACGAAUCCGGCGACACGAUCGAUCCCAGCAUCAUCAUCACCAUUGAGGCGUGGCUUACAUUUUUUUUGGGGGGAGGGGUGGUAAUGUUUAAUGCUUAGUAUUUAGAUUAACUCCCUAUAAUACAUACAUUGCCCUUAACCUAUAUUAUUGUUUUCAGAGAUGAAAAGCACAUGUAUAGCAAGGCACAUAACUCUGGCUUUAGUAAAUGUUGAGUUAUGUCCCUUGUUUUAUUUAAAAGAACAACAGACAAGCUUCCCUCCCUUCUAAUGAAAGUUUGCUUUGUGCUUUCAUUAAAACACUCUUAGCAUAUUUUAGAUUAAAAGGUUUGUUAAUGAUAAUACUGCCUCUGUUAAACAGAGAAGGCAAUUUGAUCUAUAAGUAAAGACAUAUAUUUUGAUACAUCAUUUUUAGAAGGGAAAUUUUCUGAAUUCAUUCAUCAUUGAUGUAGUAUUAAAUGGGAAAAUUCGACAAAUAAUAAGAUGGAGGAUGCAGAUUUGUUGACUUUCAACAGGAAUUGUAAAUCAUAAUUGUACGAGAGUAAUUUUGAUCUGUGAAAUGACAUGUUUAUUUAUAAUGGCAGUCAUCAUAUCAUUAAAUCACAUGUUUCAUGUAUAAUUACAUGUAUUUUAACUGAUCUAUAGAAUUGGUUGAGAAAAAAAAUGUCAUUAAUCACAUAUCAAUAAUAAUAUUGUCUAUCUACAAAUUAGAUUGUAUCGUAGCCAAGCUUUAAGCACCGCUAAACUAUUUAAGCCAUGUUUGUUUCUAUUAAAAAAAUUUUAUGAAAUAAGAUAUUUAUAUAUGUAUACAGAGCCAGAGUGCCAUCGUUAUUUGACGCAAAAAGCAUUGAUAUUGUGAUACAUUUAUCUACAGACCAAGAGCCCAACCUUUCAAAGAUAUUAUCAACAAUUCAUUGUUUGUAAUUGAUAUACUUAAUGUGAGUGAACCUUGGUCAAACUCAUAUAGUUUCAAUAAUGCUUUUGAUUUUUUUAACUGACAUGGAUUUCAUUUUGAUUUAAAAAUAAAUUAAAAGUAAUUAAACCUAUCAUAUAAAAAACGACUAAAUAAACUGUAUUAUUGCAUGAUGAAUUAGAAUACAAUAUAAAAUUAAUAUAUGACCUGGUAUAAGCAAAAGCACUUCACCGAAAUGUUAGAGCUAAUAAUAUUUUUUUAUGAACAAUCAAUUACCAGUAUUUAACAACAUUAAAUAUUGUCAUUUAACAACAUUGCAGCCCAAAUUAUUUUGGUUUGAGUUUAAAAAUAUAAACAGUUUUACUUUUAUGCUGUUUGACCAUGUGUAUUUUCCAGGUGUAAUUCCAGGUGUAUUUUGCAUAUAUAUGUAUUUUCUUUUACUGCAUGUUAUAUGAUGUCCUGUUAAAUCAUCAAAAUCAUUAUUUAUUUAUUGAAUUGUUAAUUCUACAACAGGGCAUUCUCUGUACAAUGUUUAACAAGAACUCUUGAAGUGCUAUGUGACUUUUUGAUGAAUUUGAAGUUUCAGGAAAUAUUACGGUGCUCAGAAUACAGCAUACAAUUAUUCUAUUAACUACCAACAUAGAAAACCAGCAGAGUUGGGCGAUAGACUUUUGCUGGCUAUUAAUAAUAAUUUGUUACGAGCUUGUUCAUUUUUCGAAAUUAAAAAUGUUGAGGUAUUUUCAUCAUAGCCUCCAGGCAUCUUGUCGCCUUUAGCGUGCAAAAUAAUCCUUAAUCUUGGCCAUUACUGAAAAAGUAUUCAAUUUAUUUUAAUGAAAAUGUUGAAUAUAUAUAUGCGGUUGUAAAACAAGUUACACAACUCUGGCUUUACCAAAAAAAAAUAUUUGAGUUAUGUCCCUUCUUAUAGGCAAGUGUUGGCUUUUUUCUCCACAGCAAUCAAUGUUGGCUUUGAUGUGCUGAAACUUGGCAUAUUCCUAUUUACAAGAUACAAGAAUCUUGAUUUAAAGUCGGGUAUAUGCUAACAAGUACAUUACAUUUAGCUCAAUGAGCUAUUUUCUGACAUGAAAAAUAUUUAUUCAAUAGAACUACUAUUAUUACUACUAUUAAUAAUAAAUAUUACUAUUAUUAAUAUAUACUCUUGCAACUAGAUGCACAUGCAUGCUUAACAAUUUAUUUUAUUUUCCUAUAUAUUUUUAUUUUGUUUUGAUUUUUGUUAGUUUUAUAUAUAUAGCUUUUAUGAAUGGAAGUGUGAGUUUUAAGUAUAUAUUACAUUUCAUGACACAGUGUUAAUAUUGCAUCCUGUGUUUUCUAUAAGUGGGACCAUAACUAUUUUAAAUAUUAAUAUGUAUGUAAGCUUUUUCAUAUUGUAACUAUAUUUAGCAUCUUUUUGGGUGUAUAAAAACACACUUUAUUGCACAAAUGUCUUUUUGACAUAAAUAAUAUAUAAUGUUUUCAAAAGCAUAAGUAACAUGGUUUAUCUUGACGUCCUUUCCAAAAUGCAUGAAAUGGUUGGAAACAGGUGGACCUUUUCUACAUACAAAACUUUGAAUAAUUAUGAAUUCCUCUCACCAUAAGAUGGAAAAAAUUUUUCCAAAAGGUGGAGUUGCACGUUACUUAAAGUGAUUUUUUAUCUCAUCUGAUUUUUGAAGAAAAAAACUUGAGUUAUUGUUAUAGCCUUUGCAAAGUUUUCAUGGUUGUGCCAAAAAUUUAACCGUGGCCAUAACAAGAUAUUUUAAUGAAACUUUGUACACAUGUUGCCAGAGACAUUAUGCACAUAUUUGUAUAGCAAGCCACAUAACUCUAGCUUUAAUUAUUAUUGAGUUAUGCCCCUUGUUCAUCUGAAGAAAACAACAAGUGCAGAUGAGUGGACUUCUUGUUUAAAUGUAUCAGAAUAGAUAAAAGGCAGAUAUCGGUCUUCAAGAGUAUUUGGUUUAAUAUUAUGAAGGAAUAUUGUUUCAUCUGUUAUUGUUAGCCAGUAGGUAGAAUUACGGACAUACUGCUAUACAGACGAAAGGCAUUUACAUUAUUCACGAUGGAUGUCUGAUCCUAUAGUUUUAUUUGCAUGGAUUUAUGUAAUUGAUUCUGUUGAAUAGAUUAUUAAUGUACAA